AAUAGUUUGUUAUUUUGCAAGUGAGCAUAAAACGCGGGGUAUAGAGACUUCCCGAAGCGAGAUCUGUGUAUGCAUAAUUAUGUACUAAACCCAACAAACAAAUCCCAAUCCUUGUUACUGCUCUUCAUUCAUUUUUUGUCUCUAUCAAGGUACUUUUAAUGCCGAUUUGCUACACUUUCAAUUUCUGAUGAGUAGAACAUUAUUGAUUUGCUAUACUUUCAAGUUCUAACUGAUCAAGACAAUGUUAAUAUAUGCACCAAACCUUACAAUCGGAGAUGAUUGUACAAAACAGAGUCACAUUCGUCGUGACUAUUUUAUUGUUUUUAAGCUUAUUGCUAUUGUUGCCUCUUGGUGUGCUUUCCCAUAGAACAUCUCGUCCCUUUGAUCCAUGUAACCCCUCAAAUGAGUUAGAUCAAAGAGCUCUUCGAGCAGAUCAAAUCACUGUACUUAUAAAUGGUUACUCCGAGUCCCGUAUUCCUCUCCUUCAGACAAUUGCUGCCACUUACUCUGCCUCCCCGCUAGUUUCAUCAGUGCUUAUUCUUUGGGGAAACCCUUCCACUCCGGUCCAAACACUGGCACACUUAGCAAAAAAUCUCUCCCUCUCGUCUUUUGGCUCUGCAACCAUCUCCCUAGUCCGCCAACCUUCAAGCAGCCUCAAUCUCAGGUUCCUCCCUAGAUCAUCGAUACAUACACAAGCUGUCUUGAUCUGUGAUGAUGAUGUGGAGGUUGAUCCUAAAUCCUUCGAAUUCGCUUUUAAGAUUUGGAGGUUGAACCCUGACCGUCUAGUUGGAUUCUUUGUUAGAUCACACGAUCUUGAUUUAUUCGCAAGGAAAUGGAUUUACACGGUGCAUCCGAAUAAAUACUCGAUCAUGCUCACAAAAUUCAUGAUCUUGAAAAACCAAUAUUUAUACGAAUAUAGUUGCAAGGGUGGAUCAAAAAUGGCGGAAAUGAGGAAGAUCGUCGGUAGAAUGCAAAACUGUGAGGAUAUACUGAUGAAUUUUGUGGUAGCCGACAACGUAAACAUAGGGCCGAUAUUGGUAGGGGCAGAGAGGGUCCGAGAUUGGGGAGAUGCCCGUAAUGAAGACAAUAAUGGACAAUUUGGAUUUGAGGAUGGAGAGGGGAGUACGGUGCAAGCAGUCGGGUUGAGCAGCAGAGUCGGGGAGCAUAGGAAGAGGAGAGGGGAGUGCAUAACUGAGUUUCAUAAAUUGUUGGGAAGGAUGCCGUUGAGGUACAAUUAUGGGAAGGUAGUUAAUUCAGUUGGUGAACAAGGUUUGUGCAUGAAAGGAGGCAAGUUGGUCUUUUGUGAUCGGUAUCGAUAAAUUCGAUUUUGGUUCCGUUUGCAACGAAAUUAAUUAUCUUUUUGAUGUCUAAUACCAAAGCGAACUGAAUUAAUUUUUUUUGUAUUAUCAAACCAAAUUAAAUGUAUCGAUUUGGUUAUGUUAUACAGUUCAGUUCGGUUUUUGCA